ACUCGUCGCCGACACCACCGCCAAUGGGACUGUUCGGCAAGAAGCUCUCGCCCAAGGAGCAGGUGCGCCAAUGGAAGCGCGGCAUGCGCCACGAGAUGCGUGCUGUCGACCGCCAGAUUACCGCUAUCAAGCGUGAGCAGAAGGGCGUGGAGCGUGAGAUCAAGCAGUGUGCCAAGAGCGGCGACGUGGUGUCGGCCAAGAUCCUGGCCAAGGAGUAUGUGAGGGCUAACAAGGCUGUGGAGCGACUGUAUACCUCCAAGGCGCAGAUGAACUCGGUGAUCAUGUCGAUGGAGGCGAAUCUUGCCAUGGCCAAGGUCACCGGCUGUCUGCAGUCGUCGACCGAGGUCAUGGCCAUGAUGAACUCGCUCGUCCGUGUCAACGAGAUCUCACAGGUCAUGAUGGCCAUGUCCAAGGAGAUGACCAAGGCCGGCAUCAUCGAGGAGAUGGUCGACGACACCUUUGAGAUGAUGGAGGACGACGAGCUGGAGGACGAGGCCGAGGACGCUGUCAACUCGGUCCUCGCAGAGAUCACCGAUGGCGUCAUGGGCGAGAUGGCCGGCAUUGCCACUGGCUCCUCCCUCCCCGAGGCCGAGCCUGCCGCUGCCGAGGAAGAGGGCGAGGACGACAUGGCAGACAUGCAGGCCCGCCUUGCUGCCCUGCAGGCCUAG